AUGAAGUCAAGAUUUCUAAGAGGGUGCCUAAACAAGUGCAAGAAAAUGGGGGAUCGAGUCAUGGCUUGUGCUGCUUGUGAGUAUUGUUGUGAAAGGGCUUUAUGGUCUUCUUUGCAUGAAAGUUGCUCCAUUCCAAGUGAUGUUCCAAAGGGUCAUUUGGUUGUGUACGUAGGAGAGAAUCACAAGAGAUAUGUGAUCAAGGUUGCAUUGCUCCAUCAUCCACUCUUUAAGGCCUUGUUGGAUCAAGCUCGGGAAGAGUAUGAUUUCAUUGCUGAUUCAAAACUCUGUAUUCCUUGUGAUGAACAUAUUUUCCUAAGUGUCCUUCGAUGUGCAAGCUCCCCACAGAACCCACGAGUGUGUUUGUGUCUUUGA